CUGCAAAAUUCUUCCUGAUCUGGUGUUGGCAAUAACAAACUUUUAAACGCGAUGGAACCUCAACAUACAGCGAUGGCUGGCCACAAACCUGUGUGCAGAACACAGAGCAAAGACAGACCUCCUACAAUGAGUGAUCUGAAGAUUGUUCUGCUAGGGAAGAGCGUGUCAGAAAACAGUGGUGUCGGAAACUUCCUGUUAGGACGAGCAGCGUUUGACAGUGAAGCUCCUCAAGGUGUUGUAGAGCGAGUCAGAGGAAGACUGAAGGACAGACAUGUGACCAUCAUCAACAGUCCUCAGCUGCUCCAGACAAACAUCUCAUGGUAUCAGAGGAGACAGACAGUGAGAGAGUGUGUGUAUCUGUCUGAUCCAGGACCUCAUGUGAUCGUGCUGCUCCUCAAACACGAUCAGUGUUCAAGAGAAGAUCAAGAGUGUGUGGAGAAGGUGCUGGGAUCUUUCUCUGAGCGUGUUUUUCAACACAGCAUGGUGCUCACGACACAAGAGCCCUCUAAAACAAAUGCAGUCCUAGAGAAAAGCAUUCAGAAAUGUGCAAACAGACACUUCAGUCUUCAGAGGAGCAGCUCUCCUGAUGAUCUUCUGCAGAUGUUUGAGGACAUUGUACACAUGAAUAAUGGACAUCACCUGGUUUGUACUGAAUUUGAAGGUUCUUCAUAUUUUAUAAUGAAGCAACAGGCCAUAAAAAGACAGGGUGUGAAGCUGAAUCUGGUUGUGUGUGGAAGUGACGGGACAUUGAAAUCCUUCAUAUCAGAGCAGAUCCUGCAGCAGACAGACAGAAGAUCAGAUGUGGAGCUUCAUGGACAUCAGAUCAGUCUGGUGGAGCUUCCAGCUCUGUUUAACAUUCGGCGCUCAGAGGAGGAAGUGAUGCGUCAGACUCUCCACUGUGUGUCUCUCUGUCACCCUGGAGUUCAUGUUUUCCUCCUCAUUAUUCCUGACGCUCAACUUAAUAAUGAAGACAAAGCAGAAAUGGAGGAGAUACAGAGGAUUUUCAGCUCAAGAAUUAAUAAACAUGUCAUGAUCCUCAUAAUGCAGGAUUCAGAGCAUCAGACAGAAGAACUCAAUGCAGAAACACAGUCUGUCUUUGAGAGUUUUGGAGGACGGCAUCAUUUCUUUGGUCCCAGCACACAAGUGUCCACAUUGAUGGAGAACAUCGAGCAGAUGGUGGAGGAAAACAGUGAAGGGUUUUUCUCCAUGGAGACAUUUUUGGAUGCACAGAUGAAAAAACUGCUGCAAUUUGAAGAGAUGAAGAAGAAAAUCAGCUCACUAGAAAAACAUAUUCUGUCAAAAAGUUCAGCAGAGAGCAAAGAUGAUCUGAGGAGGGUGCUGCUGAGAAAAGGUGUUUGUGCAACCGGAAACAGCAUCAGAAUCGAAGAGAAGAUAAGAGAAGUGGGAUUCAGAAGAGAAAUACCAAAACAAGAAGCAUAUCAGAGAAAGAUACGUGAUGAGAUGAGACGAGAACAGGAGACAUUAAAACAUGACAUGGAGGAAAUGAGGCAAGAAAAAGAAGAACUUCAGAUCAAAUAUGACACAGAAAUAGACAGACUGAUUAAUAUGAUAGAGAAACGAGAAGAACAAUAUAAAAUAGAAAUAAAUGAAAAAGAAAAGAAAGAGAGAGACAUCCAGGAUGAGAUGAAAAGAGAACGAGAUGAGUGGGAGAGACAAAAACUAGAAGAAAGACAAAGAAAAGAAGAAGAUGAGAAAAGGAGAGAGAGAGAAAAACAGACGUCUGACGAACAGUUUCAGAGACUCAAGAGUGAAAUGGAGGGAAUAAUCAGGGAGAAUGAGAGAAUAGAAAGAGAGAGACAAGAACAACUAGAGGAAUUUGAGAAGAGACUGAAAAAGGAAAGUGAAAUGAGAGAAAAUCAACAACAUGCUUUUAAAGAAACACUGAAACUCCUUGAAGAGAAGCAAACAAGACGAGUAGAGUGGAGAGAAUAUGAAAGAGAGAAAAAGAAGAUCUGCUCUGAAACUAAUGAUUCAUUGCAGGUCAUAGCCUACAGGAAACUGGAGAGCGAAUACAGCAAGUGGUCCUGGAGUCUCCACAGUGCCAUCAUGAAGACUGAGAACAAACUACUCAACCAUAUAGAAAAUCAAGCAAUGUGUAAGGUUGAAGAAACUGAUCUUCAAAAAGAACUGAAGGAGACAAGUAAAAAAGUAGAAAAAUCCAUGUCUGAAUUCUUUGAGAAAGACAAAAAUAAAGAUAUACCGUUACAAUGGAAAACCUCAUGUGAAAUCAAAAUCAAAGAGCUUCAGGAAAACAUUGUGAGAGAAACAAAGAGGAAAUUAACUGAGGUUCUCCAGCAGCGAGACCUGAAGAAAAAGAUUGAUGCUCAGAGGACACACCAUGAAAACACUCUCUAUGAAAAGAGCAAAGAACUUGCCUUAAAACUCAAAGACAAAGUAAGAGAUAAAGAAACACUGAAUAAAGAGUUUGAUUUGUUUUGGGAACAAUGGAUGAGGAAGAUCAUCACAGACACUGGUCCAAUCGAAGACACUGACAUAAUGAGAGAUGUGAGAGAGAUCCUCAGUGACGUCCAUGAUGCUGUUCCUAUAGACCACAAGAAGUGGAGGCAUAUGUUUUGUGUGUCGAAUUAUUCAGAUUAUGUAUGGUUAAAGAGAUUCAGUGGACUUACAGGAAUCUUAACGAAUGUCUACAAAUCAGCUAAAGAGAACUUGAGUGACUUUCUGUCUAAAGAGGACAAAGACCAAAUAACGUCUUUUAUCUCAGAUGUUGCUCUGCAGACAGACACAAUGGUUCAGUUGUUUGACAUUUCAAAGAUGGGCUACAACAUCAGCUGCAUUCAACAACUCAUAGGUUACAUCAAGAGGAGAGUAACACAGCAUCAGGAAGGACCAGUGAAAUAUGUGUUCAAGAAUGAAUUCUUCAUUGAUUUGGUUUAUACCAUCUGUAAUAAGGCAAAUAAGAUUAUCACCGAUGAACACAGGAUGUUCAUGGAAGAUAAUGAUCCUCUUCUCUGUUUGGAGGAGAAGAGAAAGGAAUACUAUAGUAUUUUCCAGAAACACCUCAAUGGAGCCACAUCGGCUGCCAUUUUUGGUGAGAUCAUCUGUCAGAAACUUAAAGAGCCUAUUAAGCAGAGUCUCUACAAAAAGACGGCAAGAGAUUUGACAGAUGAUAUAAUGACUAACUGUGAAACACUGAAGGGAAACAGAUCAAAACUGGAAAAACACGUCCUGAAGUUGUUGGCAGAAAAUGAGAAUUUUUCUGCAUACAUGGACUACAUUAAUUAUCCCAGAAAUCACUUCAAGAGUUUCAUCAGGGAUGAAGUCAGUCGGUACAUCACUGGUAAGUUCAGUGCGAGUGUUUUGCCCAAGAUGAAGCAGAACAUCAUACUCCUGCAGCAGAGGAUAAUGAAGGCAUCACAUGAAUCUAAUGAAUGUGUUGAAGAGAACAGUGGAGAUGUUAGUUUGUGGAUAAAGAGUUUCACACGGCAGCUCUCAGAUGUGCUGAUCUUCUCAGAAGAAGACCUUGAUGGAGUGAAACAUGAUGGUGUUGAUUGUAAACUCUUAAAAGGAGUGAUAAAUAAAGUACUUCCUAAUAUUAUGUCAGACAUCAGCAGAGAAUUCAACAUCAACACAUUUAAUGAAAAACUGAAAUUCAAGUCCAAGCCAGAUGAGAUAUUGAUUGAUCACUUGUGUUGGUGCUGUUGGGCUCAGUGUCCGUUCUGUAAAGCCACCUGCACCAACACAAUAGAAAACCAUGAGGGGGAUCACAGUGUUGCAUUUCACAGAGUGAGGGGAAUUAAUGGCACAUGCUACCGUUUUACACAGAGUCUUUGUGCUGAUAUUUGCACAAAUUUAGUGGCAAAUGAUCAGGAUAUUUGUCCAUCAAGUGGAAAGAUUUCUUGGAAAGAAAUCAAAAUAACAAGGCCUAAAUAUGACAUGUGGAGCAUCAUCCCUGGCCGCUCAGUGCUGCCCUACUGGAAGUGGUUUGUGUGCAGAUUCCAGAAAGAUCUGGAAACAUACUACAAUAAAACAUUUGAGUGUGAGGGUGAGAUUCCAUAUGAAUGGAGAACAUACACAAAACAGGAUGCUAUUGAGAGUUUAGACAAAUAUAUUAUAUAAAUGCAGCAGAUACAGAAUGAAUCUUUUACCUCAUAACUGGAGUCCGCUCUGAUCACAAAACCUCACUGAGACUCAGAAUUCAUCAACAUCUCAGAAGAACAUUGAUGCACAAAAUAAGUUUGAGUCAAGUAUUCUCUUUCACAUAAAAGUAUUUGUAAACAUAUUUUUGGAGAAUAUGCCUGAUUGUGGCAAAGAGACAAAACUCAAAUGUUUGAUGUCAUGAUAGACUGUUCAUGACAUAAAUAUAUUGUUAAGACAAGAGAGAAGUAUUUGUUUUGUUGUUUUGAAAGACCACGCCGAAAAUAUACACACAAUGGUCGUUGGAUGUUUGGCGACGAAGCUGGCUAUCAGUUAUCCAUCAGCUGGCUGGCGUUGAAAAGAAAAACU